AAAGAAACGGUUUCCUGGUGAACCAGCCCCUCACCGUUAGGCAGACCACAUCCCCAGGGCCUAAAGAUGCUGAGAUCUAUGUGGAAUUUUCUGAAACGUCACAAAAAGAAAUGCAUCUUCCUGGGCACAGUCCUUGGAGGAGUAUAUAUCCUGGGGAAAUAUGGACAGAAGAAAAUCAGAGAAAUACAAGAAAGGGAGGCUGCAGAAUACAUUGCUCAAGCUCGAAGACAAUAUCAUUUUGAAAGUAACCAAAGGACUUGCAAUAUGACAGUGCUAUCCAUGCUUCCAACAUUAAGGGAGGCCUUAAUGCAGCAACUUAAUUCUGAGAGCCUCACAGCUCUGCUAAAAAACAGGCCUCCAAACAAGCUAGAAAUAUGGGAGGAUCUGAAGAUAAUAAGUUUCACAAGAAGUAUCGUGGCAGUGUACAGUACUUGUAUGCUGGUGGUUCUUUUGCGAGUCCAGUUAAACAUAAUUGGUGGAUAUAUUUACCUGGAUAAUGCAGCAGUUGGCAAAAAUGGCACUACAAUUCUUGCUCCCCCAGAUGUCCAACAGCAGUAUUUAUCAAGUAUUCAGCACCUCCUUGGAGAUGGCCUGACGGAAUUGAUUACUGUCAUUAAACAAUCAGUGCAGAAGAUUUUAGGGAGUGUUUCUCUUAAACAUUCUUUGUCCCUUUUGGACUUGGAAGAAAAACUAAAAGAAAUCAGAAAUCUCGUUGAGGAGCAUAAAUCAUCUUCUUGGGUUAAUAAAGAUGGAUCCAAAUCUUUAUUAUGCCAUUAUAUGAUGCCAGAUGAAGAAACGCCAUUAGCAGUUCAGGCCUGUGGGCUUUCUCCUCGAGAUAUUAUCACUAUUAAACUCCUCAAUGAAACGAGAGACAUGUUGGAAAGUCCAGAUUUUAGUACAGUGUUGAAUACUUGUUUGAACCGUGGCUUUAGUAGACUUCUAGACAACAUGGCUGAGUUCUUUCGACCAACUGAACAGGACCUGCAACAUGGUAACUCCAUGAACAGUCUUUCCAGCGUCAGCCUGCCUUUAGCUAAGAUAAUUCCGAUAGUAAAUGGACAGAUUCAUUCAGUUUGCAGCGAAACACCUAGUCAUUUUGUUCAGGAUCUGUUGAUGAUGGAGCAAGUGAAAGACUUUGCUGCUAAUGUGUAUGAAGCUUUUAGUACCCCUCAACAACUGGAGAAAUGAUGGUUCCUUUAAAAAAGCCUCAGUGGGAUUCAUUUUCCUUAAAAAAAAAAAAACAAACUGAAAAAAUCAACUAUACCUAGAGUAAUAAUUUGUUACCAAAAUGCCUAAUAAAAAUAUAUUCUUAAUCAAAGUCUUCAUUUCAUAAUGAAAU